UUAGCCGUGUCUCUGAAGAUUAAGCGUCUCCUUGCAAUUUUCUUGGGGUGAAAUAGAUCCCGGUUGGCCUGUAUGCAUCUAUGCGCCAUUGGUUUCUCAACCCCCACUUCCUCUCUCACACACGCAUACUAAGGCUCUCUCUCGGACUCCGUUGAGUCCUCCUUGCUCCUCCAGGCAAUUUUCCGAAGCAACGAAGCAAACGAGAAUGAAGGAGGGGGAGAGGGAGGAGGAGAUGAUGCUGGUCCAUCGUCGGCAGCAGCAGACGGAGGGCAGUGGAGAAGUGGGAGUCAAGCAGCAGAAUCUGACGUACCUCUACCUCCUCAUCUACAUUGCUCUCUCCACCGGCCAAAUCUUCUUCAACAAGUGGGUUUUAUCAUCAAAGCAAAUCAACUUCCCGUAUCCUCUAGGACUGACACUAUUGCACAUGCUUUUCUCCUCCAUAUUGUGUUUCAUAGUUACAAAGGUUCUGAAGCUUGUGAAGGUUGAGGAAGGAAUGACUCCAGAAAUAUAUGCAUCCUCUGUCUUCCCAAUUGGGGCAAUGUUUGCUAUGACUUUGUGGCUGGGAAACACUGCAUACCUGUAUAUAUCUGUUGCAUUUGCACAAAUGCUGAAAGCUAUCAUGCCGGUAGCUGUUCUUCUUCUUGGAGCAGCUGCUGGCCUUGAAGUUCUGAGCUGCAGAAUGUUCAUGAUAAUGUCUGUGAUCAGUUUUGGAGUUCUUGUCGCAUCAUAUGGAGAAAUUAACAUUAGCUGGGUGGGAGUGGUUUAUCAGAUGGGUGGUGUUGUUGGAGAGGCUCUAAGGCUCAUUUUUAUGGAAAUUUUAGUUAAAAGGAAGGGGCUGAAACUAAAUCCUAUCACUCUUAUGUACUAUGUCAGUCCAUGCAGCGCCAUCUGCCUCUUCAUCCCUUGGAUAUUUUUAGAAAAGCCUAAGAUGGAUUCUGCUGGAACAUUAACAUUCCACCCGUUUAUAUUAUCACUCAAUUCUCUUUGUACUUUUGCACUUAAUGUGUCUGUUUUUGUGGUCAUCUCACAUACAAGUGCUGUGACAAUUCGUGUUGCUGGAGUUGUUAAAGACUGGGUGGUGGUCUUACUGUCAGCGGUUUUAUUUGCUGAUUCCACAUUGACUACGAUAAACUUACUGGGCUAUGGAAUUGCCAUUUCUGGAGUGGUGGCCUACAACAACCACAAACUGAAAAAGGAAGCCUCAGGGGGAAGAAGAGAGGGAUUUGUGGGUGGCGGUGAUGAAGAGCGGACUCCAGGAGGUGGUAAUUUAUCAGCCACCUUUUCUUCAGAUAACAGUAGAUAGGUUAUGCUUCAACUAUCUGAUCAAAGACUGACUGGUCUGCUGGAUACAAUCAAUCCAGACAUCCCUUGUAAUUAGCCGGAAUGAAUGUAAUUGUCAACUUUGGCUGAUAGAGAUAUUUUUUUUGUUGGAUGCACUUCCAUGAUUUCAUGAAUUAUUGCUGUAAGAGUCAUUGUAUUGUACGAUGGAGCAACAAUUAGUGUAAAUGAAUGUUUGCUUUGGCGAGUUUGAUUA